GAAGGCGGAGACCACUUGACCCCGACCAGGGAGGGUCUGCUGCAGGGGCGCAAGGCGUCCAGGAGUGACCUGGGGCUGUGGAGAGGGACCCGUGGCCUUGUGUUUCAGGUACGGAGGCUCCGGACUGGACGGGCGUCGCCCUGAGGGCGGGAAGUCACAGGCUUGUUCUCUGAUGGGGCCCCGCCCGCCGCCGCACUAAUCUCUUUGGCGUCGUACUCCUCGGCCCAGCUCGACCCGCCGCACCCCCGGCCCCGACCAUGGACACUGGGAGGCCCCGGGGGCGCUGCGACCUCCUUCCAGGUGAAGUGAAACCCGAGGGCAGUCCCCCUUACCAACCCCAUUAGAGACUUAUCUGCCGAGCCAGGGGUCUAGGCUCCAGAAACAGGGAGUUUCCCACCUAGGAUGACUUCAGUGACUAGAUCAGAGAUCAUAGAUGAAAAAGGACCAGUGAUGUCUAAGACUCAUGAUCAUCAAUUGGAAUCAAGUCUCAGUCCUGUGGAAGUGUUUACUAAAACAUCUGCCUCCCUGGAGAUGCAUCAAGGCGUUUCAGAGGAAAGAAUUCACCUUGGCUCUAGCCCUAAAAAAGGGGAAAAUUGUGAUCUCAGCCACCAGGAAAGACUUCAGUCGAAGUCCCUUCAUUUGUCCCCUCAAGAACAAUCUGCCAGUUAUCAAGACAGGAGGCAAUCCUGGCGGCGAUCAAGUAUGAAAGAAACGAACCGGCGGAAGUCGCUGCAUCCCAUUCACCAGGGCAUCACAGAGCUCAGCCGGUCUAUCAGUGUCGAUUUAGCAGAAAGCAAACGGCUUGGCUGUCUCCUGCUUUCCAGUUUCCAGUUCUCUAUUCAGAAACUUGAACCUUUCCUAAGGGACACUAAGGGCUUCAGUCUUGAAAGUUUUAGAGCCAAAGCAUCUUCUCUUUCUGAAGAAUUGAAACAUUUUGCAGACGGACUAGAAACUGAUGGAACUCUACAAAAAUGUUUCGAACAUUCAAAUGGAAAAGCAUCAGAUUUUUCUCUGGAAGCAUCUGUGGCUGAGAUGAAGGAAUACAUAACAAAGUUUUCUUUAGAACGUCAGAUUUGGGAUCAGCUCUUGGUGCACUACCAGCAGGAGGCUGAAGAGAUAUUGUCCAGAGGAUCAGCUGAGGCCAAAAUUACUGAGGUCAAAGUGGAACCUAUGACAUAUCGUGGGUCUUCUCAGAAUGAAGUUCUUAAUACAAAGCCUGACUACCAGAAAAUAUUACAGAACCAGAGCAAAGUCUUUGAUUGUAUGGAGUUGGUGAUGGAUGAGCUGCAAGGGUCAGUGAAACAGCUGCAGGCCUUUAUGGAGGAAAGUACCCAGUGCUUCCAGAAGGUGUCAGUACAGCUUGGGAAGAGAAGCUUGCAACAAUUAGAUCCCUCACCAGCUCGAAAACUGUUGAAGCUUCAGCUGCAGAACCCACCUGCCACACGUGGAUCUGGAUCUUGUCAGUGACCUUAUGAGCUUUCCUGCCACAAGUUGCCCAAGAGGAGGAAGAAUGGGAAGAGUGCCCCAGCACUUGGAGACUGCGUGAUUUCUGCUCUGUUGCCUUUGAAGAUAACUGGCUGGACUGACUAUAGAGUACUUUGACUUUUUUCAAAAAGUGAUGGAAUUUGUACGUCAAAUGAAUAUUGUAUAGACGUUUUUCCCAGGAAUGUACAAAAUUCUUGAAAGUUCAAACUUCUUUUUUGAAAUGCUCUUCAGAUCCAGUGGCCCAUUCUUUUAUCUUUAUCCUAUGAAGAUGUUUUUCAGGUUUUGAAACAAUCCAAAAAUCAUUUAGGACCAAGUCUAAGGAAACAUUUUAGUGGCCAUCUUGGAUUCUGGUUGUAAAGGAAUGAUACUAAUUUUCUAGCAUGGCUCUGAAGGUGAUUUUAGGUAGAAGAGUUUUGAGGCUGGGCAUAGUGGCUCACGCCUGUAAUCCUAGCACUUUGGGAGACUGAGGCGGGUGGAUUGCUAGAGCCCAGAGGUUCAAGACCAGCCUGAGAAAUAAGCUGAAACCCUGUCUACAAAAAAUACAAGAAGUUAGCUGGGUGUGGUGGCAUGCGCCUGUAGUGCCAGCUACUCAGAAAGCUGAGGUGGGAGGAUUGCUUGAGCCCAGGAGGUUGAGGCUGCAGUGAGCUCUAAUUGCGCCAGUGCACUCCAGCCUGAGCAACAGAGUGAGACAGUGUCUUAAAAAAAAAUUAAAAAUUGUUAAAAAAAAAUGGAAAAGUUUUGAGCAUUGUUUGCAUCAUUGGGAUACAUAUGUCACUUCACAAGAUGUUCAAUUUGAAGGAAAUACCACUCAUUCUCUAUAUCCUGUUGUCUGUAGUGUGCUUCCGUUUUUAAUAUUGAGUUGACCUCCUAAAUCCUAGAUUCAUGACAAGAAAGACUAAGUACUACUAUUCAUUGUUCUAUUUGUUUAUAAUCUGUAUUGUAAACUUGCACAUAAUUAAAAGCUUUCCCUUGUCUU